AUGUGUCAUAAAAUUGUAGGUAAACUAUCUCAUCCUUCAAAAUCACAUGAUCAAAGAAAACACAAAUAUAAACAUUCAUUGGAAAAAUUGAAAGAAAACAAAAGUGAAAAACGACCAUAUAGACAUCAAUAUUCGAUGUUAGAAAGAGAAAAUUUUGCAUCUUCUAAAGAAGAAAUUAAUGUUGAACAAAUACUACUGAAAGAUGACAAUAUGAUGAACUUUGAUCAAAAUACAAACUCACUUUCAAAUAGAAAUUCAUUUAACUCGGAUUCAUCACUGGAUAGUCGAGAAAUAGAAGAUGUAGAAAUACCAGAAAAAUUAAUUGAUACACGUGCUAUGGUUAGAGAUCAUUUUUGUAUGGCAAUUAUUGGAUUACUGUGCUUUUUUCCAACUGGUAUUUUUGGAUUAGUGCGUGCCACACAAGCAUACGAAAUGAAGCGCCCGUCUAGUCUCGUAUUUUGGCCAAAAUUAGCGGCAAUUUAUGGUAGACACGCAUUACGAUGGUAG